AUGGUGCAAAGGCCACCCAGCCCGGUUGCAGGUGCUGAUCCGACCCGUGGCGGGGCAGAGCCUGCGGUCAGCCACGUCAUCGCCCCUGACCCGUGCCACCGCAGGCAGCGGGUACAGGCUGCAUUAAAGGACCGAGCCGCUUCCUUCCCAUCCAACAGCAGGUGGGGCUACUGCAGUACCAACCUCUGCCGGGGGCCGGCCGGGACGGGCCGCCAGGAGCGGGAAGCGCCGGCAUUUCAAACUCACCCGGAGAAACUGAAGUCUCAAAUCCGGAACCGCAGUAUAAACGGCCCGAUUUUCAGGAAAAUUGUGGAUAGAAUAGAUGACAACAAAGAUGGCUAUCUCACAACAGAAGAAUUAAAAAACUGGAUUAAACGGGUACAGAAACGCUAUAUCUAUGAAAAUGUGGCUAAAGUUUGGAAAGACUAUGAUCUAAAUAAGGACAAUAAAAUUGCCUGGGAAGAAUACAAGCAAGCCACAUAUGGUUAUUAUCUAGAAAAUCCAGAAGAAUUCCAAGAUGCAACUGAUCAGCACAGUUUUAAAAAAAUGCUGCCCAGAGAUGAAAGACGAUUCAAAACUGCAGAUCUGGAUGGAGACUUAGCUGCCACUCGUGAAGAAUUCACUGCUUUCCUUCACCCAGAGGAGUUUGAGCAUAUGAAAAACAUCGUUGUCUUAGAAACCUUAGAAGACAUAGACAAAAACGAGGAUGGUUUUGUGGAUCAAGAUGAGUACAUUGCGGAUAUGUUUGCAAAUGAAGAGGGUGGACCAGAGCCUGACUGGGUGAUCACGGAGCGUGAACAGUUUUCAGAUUUUCGUGACCUCAACAAGGAUGGAAAGAUGGACAAAGAGGAGAUUCAGCACUGGAUUCUCCCACAAGACUAUGAUCAUGCACUAGCUGAAGCCAGGCACUUAGUCUAUGAAUCAGAUGUAGACAAGGAUCAAAAACUAACAAAAGAGGAGGUUCUAGACAACUGGAAUAUGUUCGUUGGAAGUCAAGCUACCAAUUAUGGGGAGGACCUCACAAGAAACCAUGAUGAACUAUGA